GUCACACUGAAGAAGACGUGGCAAAGCACGACGUCAUCACAGUGGGUCGGCGCUUUAUUAUUUAUGAUUGUACUGUGCUAGUGUUGCUAGCAGCUAUUCUGGACUGAAGUUAAGAUACCACUGAGAAUAUGAUGGAAGAAAGUGGGAUUGAGACUACACCUCCUACCAGCCCUACACCUCCUCUGUCUGUGGCUGCCCUAGUCAGCAGCCCACCCACCACUAUUGGUCUGUCCAGUCCGCUGUCUGUCCCGGGAACAAUCAGUUCCCCCACAGUCUCAUCUUCUCUCCCCAGUGUCCCUGAACUUCCUGCCUUCAGCAGCCCUCUGGCAGCAUCCCUUAACCGCUCCUCCCAAUUUCCCCCUGCAUCUACACUCUCCUCACCUUUCACCAGUAGCUCUCCCUUCCCUCCCUCUGCCUCCCCCUCUUUGCCUCCUGCUGCCUCUUCCAUCAGACCACCUCCUUCUGCUGCUCCCAGCAUGUUGGCCCCUCCUGUAGGCCCACCUGUAUCAAGAUUCUCUGUGAGUGCAGAAUAUGACAUCACACGAGGUCAUGCUGGUCGAACACCACAGACACCUCUGAUGCCAACAUUUUCCAGUCCUGCCGCUAUACCAGGUGUGGUGUCCAACCCCAUGGUUCAGCAGCCAGUAAUUACAGGAGGAUUAGAUACUGGAUCUUCAAUCACUUUCCCGGAGGAGCAAGAGGAUCCCAGAGUGUCUGGAGAGAACAGUAGUGGUGGAGGCAUCUGGGGCUUUUUCAAGGGAGUAGCAGGAAACGCUGUAGUAAAGACAGUCCUGGACAAAACCAAACACUCUGUGGAGUCCAUGAUCACUACUCUUGAUCCUGGCAUGGCUCCGUACAUCAAGUCUGGUGGGGACGUCGACAUUGUUGUGACUUCAGAUAAGGAGAUGAAUGUGGAGGCAGUCAGAGAUGCCUUCCAGGAGGUUUUUGGGAUGGCCAUGGUCACAGGAGAGCCCGGUCACUCCAACAUUGCUCCACAACCAGUAGGCUAUGCAGCUGGUGUCAAGGGGGCUCAGGAGCGCAUUGACAGCCUGCGUCGAGCUGGUGUGAUCCAUGAGAAGCAGCCAGUGGUCUCUUUAGAAAACUUCAUUGCUGAACUUUUUCCUGACAAGUGGUUUGAUAUCGGCUGUUUAAUCCUCGAGGACCCUAGUCACAACAUUCGCAUCGAGCUCUUCACUCAGGCAACCCCUCUAGCAUUAGAGCACAUCCAGCAGGCUCAGUCCCUGACCCCAUCUGACUACAGCCUGCGCUGGUCAGGUCUGAUUGUUACAGUGGGUGAGAUCCUGGAGCGCAGCCUUCCCAACAUCAACAGAACAGACUGGCACCAGGCCAUGACGGGCAUGACUCAGCGCCAGAUGAUCCAGAGUGCUGCCAAAGCUCUGGCUGGGCUCUACAAACAGCAGCUGCCUCUCAGGACUACAUCAAGCUGAGUGGUUGUAGCUUCUGUGGCAUACUGAGAGGAGGUGGACAAUAAACUAGCUGAUGGGACAUGAAGGUUCCACAUAGCGCCCGAUCCUCCAGUCCACCUGUCCUGCAGGACACAGCCAAUACCCACUGAAAUUUUUGCUGGCAUUCUCAUGUGUUUUAAUGGGUUUUACUGAAAAGCUAGAUUACAUUUUCUUGCCAUCUCAAGUUUUAAGGCUCUACCAUUCAAUGAUCAUCUCGUUAUUCUUUCUCAACAUUGUUUAUCAAUAUCAGCACAUACUGAGGCAGUUUUUUCUAUUUAGGUGGUCUUAUUGUUACUGUAGGGCCUUUGUCCCAGUUGUGCCCUAUAUUCUAGACUUUGUCCCAGAUUUAGCAAUUUGGAAAACCUGAGUUACAUAGAAAAAAUGCAGUAGUAAUGCGGUGGUGUCAUUAGACUGAAUGCAACAUGGUCAAGAUAGCCCUACUCUUAGUAUACAUGAAACAAGUGUACUGUUUUACAUUAACAGGUGUCUGCUGUUUUCCUUCUGCUAGUUUAACAUUUCAAACCUUAAAUAUUUGCUAGUGUUUUCCAGUCGACAGCAUCAUCACCAUCUAUUUAAAAAAAAUUACUUUAAAAUGAAACCAUUUUUUUCUCAGGUUUUAUUAUGUUGUUGCUCAGUUAUUGCAAAAAUAUCAUUGACCAUUUCACUUAAUUCAUAUUAAUGUUACCUUGAUGAGUGUCACCCACGUUAACUUUGUAGCAGAUAAAGCACACUCAUCAUAUAUCAACAGCAUUUCUUGAUGCUGCAGGCCUCCGCCAGCAGGAUAAUGAGUGACUUUGGUGGUACAGUAGGAUUACUGUACCACCAAAGUCACUCAUUAGUUUAAAGACUAUAGCAUGGAGUGUUGAGCUGGGCCCAAGACUCCCCUGAUCCAAAUCCAGCAGAAGGCCAGUCAUAUUUGCAGUCUCACUGAAUGGAUAGCCAAGCAGUAGCACAUUUGGAUGUGUUUGAUGGCUCAUUGUCCCACAUAAAAACUACAGCCAGCUUGAAUGCUAGUGACUUCUAACUGUACAUCUGCUUGAUUAAAUUACUUUGUCUUUAAUCUAAAAAAGGUCCAUCUAGUUCAUCCUUAAAGUACCCCAGUACCCUCCACCUUUCUGCCACUUUUUCCCUGUGUAUCAGUCUUCAGGAUCAAUCUCUGUGUUUCCAUUUCUGAAUCACAUAGAGUUGGUUGGCUUUAACUUGGCCAUGUUUAUGACCACUUGUCACCUGGUACCUGUUGACAGUCUGGGUAGGUUGCAGUUCUGAAACCUGGUGGCACAGGAUAAUAAUGGAUUCCUGGUACCUUUUUCACAUUUCUUUAGUCUUUAGCUGCUGAUGUGUGGCUUUUUUUACAAAUUUUUUGCAAAAGUUACUAUAAGCAAUAACAUACAGUGUACUUAUUACACACAUGCAUAUCACCUGAAAGUAAUAAGUGUUCAAGUUUGUGGGGUUUUUAAUCAUUUGCCUAUUAAUUAUGCAUGCAUGCAGUGCAGUGUGCAACUGGGACACAGCUAGAAUGGGGCAGAUGAGUCAAAUGCCAUGUUUCAGAUGUAACGUAUUGCAUUCCUUUUGCGUUAUUGUUGCUUGUUUUCUUGCUCACUAUAACAGCUGUGUUCUAUGCAUGCACUUGUUAGAUAAACUGUUUCUGACCCAUGAAAGCAUAAAUGCAGCAAGACGGUAACAAUAAUUUGCUUAAUUUAUUUUUCUCUGCUUCUAGUGGUAUUAGUCAGAAACACUAGAUCAAAAUUUCUGUUAGUGACUUUUGGGUGGAAAGAAUAUUCUUAUGCCUAUCUUGUCCUGUAAAUGUGCCUUUUUACACAAAUAAAUCACUUUUUAAUGCUGAUUUGGAUGUCCCCUUCUUCCCCAAAGGUUAUCUCACUAAUAAA